ACAUCCGUCAUUACGUAGUGGUGCAACCAUUAAUUUCAUUAGAAAGUGAGGAAAUAAUUCAAACAAUUCAAUAAUAUUUACAGUUAACAAUCAAUGAGGUAACAAAUAUACUGAGAGAAAAGAAACCUCGACAUGUUUUGAUUCCUCAAAAGAUUAUAAAAGAAUCGGGAAAUAUAAGGCCAAAUUUACCAAACUCAUUAAUUACUUUAUAUGAGUGUUUAGAUAUCGUUAAUAUUUCUAUUAAUUCACAAUUUGUCAGGACUGUUAUGACAGAAAAUCUUGCUUCAAAUAUUGAAUUGGUUAAUCUUGGAAAAGAUUCGCUAAUAGCAUCAUUGAAUGGAACAUUUAAUAUUCAUAAUACAAAAACAUCAUUAACUUCAGCAGAAAAUCAAUUAAAUCAACAAAGAUAUGUUUGUGGGGAAUUUGAUGUCUCAAAACUUAUUAAUGAAUUAACUGAACAAAUAUAUGGAUGUAGAAUAGAUGAAUUUGAAGAAGAUAAGAGAAAUUCAAGAUUUAUUUGAAUAAUGAAAAUUUUAAAAUUAUUACAACUGAUAAUCAAACUAGGAUUAAAUUGACAAAGAUCUUGAUCGAACAAUUAAUCGUAUUAUGAGAUGGUAUUAUGAGAUAAAUGAAUAAUUUCAUUAUUUUUGCGAGAAAAAGAAUUUCUCAUAGCGCAGCAAAUUUUUAAAAAUUUUAUCCGUGAAUAU